AUGAGUUACAUGAACAGGAUAUACAUGGCGGUCGCCGUGGCGGCGAUGAAAAGCCACUCAGACCAAGGGCAGAAACUCAAGAUCCUCAACCACGCCAAGAAACGGUUCUUUUCCGGCCCGGACGCGGCGGAUCUACGGCCGUUGUCCGGCUUGAUCAACUCCGGCGUCGGCGGUUCCGUCGGCGGUGGCGCCGACGGGAAUUGGAAUCAGACGGAGGAGUCCCUCCGCCACGCAAUAAUGUACAUGGCGGCCGGCAUGGCGGUGGCAAAGGGUCACUCAGACCCCGCCAAAAUGGGGAUCUUUACCGGAGGCAACGGCUCGGACCCGGCGAAUCUCCGGCCAUCCUCCGGCUUCAUCGACUCGGGGGUCGGAGGGUUUCUCGGCGGCGGCGAAGAGCGGAGGAAUCGGACGGAGGAAUCUCUCCGGCAGGUCAUGUACUUCAACUGCUGGGGUCAGGUCUGA